AUGUCGUUAUUCUCGCAAUAUUGUUCACUGGCUUUCUUCGCACUCACCACAUCAAUUGGAGCCCAGCAAAUGAGCCACGUCGACACAUCGUUUCUGCAGCAGUCUGCACAAUUCACGCCGAUUGCUUCAGCCGGGCCGUUUCAAACACUCCCACCACAAACUGCAGCGAAAAUUGAACCGAGGGCACCAUACGAUCUUCAGGCUUCAGCAUCGAUGCCAUACACAAGACCACCUUUGAAACCGUCAUAUUCCAUCAACUUCUGCAACACGGACGAGUUUCCAGAUGUCGUAUUAGCGCAUUAUGGACUUCAAAGAAAUGGACGUUUCGUUUGGAAUUCGUCUUGCUCUCAAACGUUCUUCCAGUGUUCGUUUAACGAAACAUAUCCACUGAGGUUAGUGCAAUAG